AUGGCCGCGCUUCGCGCCGCGUUUCUCGGCGUGCUUGUAGCGGCAGUCGGGUCGUUCGUGUACAACGACCCGCUCGCUCUUCGCCAGCCCGUUGACGUGUCGCCUGUUCCUCUCCCGCCGCGUGCCGUCCCAGCAGCUAGUGACCCUUCGAACCGCCUUGCUUCUGCCGAGAUUAAGUACUUGCACGAGGGGAUCGGCCCUGAGAGUCUCGCCAUCGACACGAGCGGUCGGGGCCCUUACUCCGGCCUGGCAGACGGCCGCGUUGUGCGGCGGAGCGCGGACGGCAGCCAAUGGGUGCCCUUCGCUCAGGCCUCCCCGAAUCGCACCCCUCAGUUGUGUGACAUUCUGCCAAAGUCACAUCCCGACCCGUCUAAGGAACCUCUUUGCGGCCGUCCCCUGGGCCUGCGGUUUCACCCUGUAACCGGAGAGCUUUAUAUCGCGGACGCGUACUAUGGGCUGAAUCGGGUCGGCUUGAAAGGGGGACUGGCGGAGCAGCUGGUUGGCGGGAAAUCGGUGGACGGGCAGAAGGUGUCGUUUGUGAACGACCUAGAUAUUGACGCGGAGGAUGCGAACGGAACAGUGUACUUCACUGUAACGAGCACAAAAUACGAAAUGAGGAACUUCCUCUCCAUGAUUCUGGACGGCGGGGCGAACGGCGGAGUGUACAAGUAUGACGUGGCGACGGGGGAGGUGACGCAGCUGGUGGCGGGAGUGGCCUUCGCCAACGGCAUAGCUCUCUCUGCCGAUCGCUCCUUUCUCGUGUAUUGCGAGACCAUCCGAGCCAGGUGCAACCGGUACUGGCUCACAGGCAGCAAGGCAGGCAGCCACGAGCCACUUCCUGUGCCACCAUUCCCCACCGUUGCCGCGAUCUUCAUCCCCUUGUUAUCACCUCAAGCCCCCACGCCCGUCUCCCUCAUCCCUCCAACCCCCACUCUCAUGCUCUCCCCACCCCACUUUCUCCCCUUACCUCUCCCCACCCCCAUCUCCCCCGCCUCCCCAGAUUUCCUCGCUCGCACGCCCCGCCUGCGCUCCAUCCUCCUCCGCCUCCACCUCCACCCACUCCUCCUCUACGCCGGAAUUUUCGGGCUGCCCAACGGGGUUAUCGCGGAGGUGGACUCGUCCGGGCAGAUCACGGAAAUUUUGGAGGACCGGGCGGGGAAGCGGGUGCAGGCGCCAAGUGAGGUGAUGGAGAGGGAUGGGAAGCUGUGGAUCGCGUCUCUCAUAGUGCCCCACCUCGCCGUGCUUGACUAUUCACCAGGAGGCCCCACUUCUGCCACUGCUUAG